AACUUUAGAAAUUCGAACCGUCAAGAUCAGAGCCUAAAUCUUACAGUAAAAUCCUUUGCUUAAAUUCUAAAUUUAACCAGUCAUAUGGUGACAUUAUCUUUUGUAAGGGAAAUCAAUAGUUUUUUGUUAAUAGAAAAGUAAAUUUACAACUUGUUAUAGAAUUAUGCAGCGUUCAUCAUUUUCCUGGAUAAGUAGCCAUAUUGUGCGUCCUCGUUUUUGUGGAUUGAUUGGCGGCAGUUGGCGGGAUUUUACAAGGAACAAUUCCUCGGAUAGUUGGGAUCAGGAUGAUAGUGGUAGCAGUGGCUUUAAGACACCUAGGGUGACGACACCGCGUGCAAGUGCCACAUCGACGGUAUUGAACGAUGCGGGUUCCUAUUCGCGUGGCACAAAUACCGGUGCACUUGAACGCCGUAUCAAUCGCGAGGAUAAUAUGUGGCGUGAUCGCAGUUAUAUGGAUACGAAAUGGUUAAAUCCACGUGAUCCUUCCGCUUAUCGACCAAAUUUUCGUCCAACUGAACCAACGUCGCUGCGAAAACAAUUUAUGCGCAGUCCAGAUGAGAUAUCCCGUGAGGUCAUGGGUCGCGAUUGGGAGGAAACAGUUAAGACCUACAAGCGAAGUAUCACUACCAUGGGCGGUGAUCAAAAGUUGGCGCCUCGCAGUGAGGCGUGGCCAGUCUCUGAUACCUUACGGAAUCGCCAUAAACAUUUGCAAAGGAUUCAAAUGCAACAGCAACAUGAACGUCAGCAGAAGCAGGCACAGCAGCAAGAGCAACGUCAGCAAAGGCAAUCACAAAGGAGAGGUCAGCAAAACUAUUGGGGCAGGAAUGUGACACCACCCAAGGACCAAUAAUCUCAGCCCAUAGUCAAUCAAGGCAGUGAUCCCUCGAAAAAUACCAACUACUUAUGAUUUAUCCCAGUCGACCAGAGUCAAACUUAAUUGAAUGAUCUCAGUAUUUCCGAUUCCGUCUUAAUUUACAUUUGUUGAAUUCGUUCAGAUGUGGAUACCAAUAAUAUCCAUGUGACUUGAAAGCACUAUAAGGUAAAUCGAAUGAAAUGGUUUUCGGAAAAAUUUCGGGAUGUAACGCAUAAUAAAGAACAUGCAAAAAUAUUUAGGAAAGGUA